AUGGAGAGUCAAGUGCUGCAAACUCCGUGCGUCGACCCCAAGACCGUUCACGACAAUGAAGAGAUCAGCAGCACAAGCAGCAGCGGCAAAUCCACGGCUUUGACAGGGAUGGAGGAGCUCCGAGAGCUCUGCACAUCCGACCCGAACACUGAACGAGUGAGUCUUCGAGGCCGUCACCUCUCUCAAGAGGACGCCGAGAGCGUCUUCACCUUCCUCCAGCAACAUUUCCCCAGACUGCGGCAUCUGGACCUACGCGACAACGAUCUGCUCGAACUACCCCAAGACUUCGGCGCUCGGCUGCCCAAACUCGUGGCGUUGAACCUCUCGAACAACAGCUUCCGCUUUAGAAUGGGGGCGCUGCGUACACUUGGAGAGACUUUGCAGCACUGUCCUUGCCUCAAGAGCUUGAGCUUGUCGCUGUCAAGUCCCGCAGAGGAGCAGGUGCUGCUGGCCAUGCUCCCGGGACUGCGGAUUCUGAACGGGACCCCGCUGCCGUCAACACGAAAUGGCAGUGAAGGGAACCCAGCGAGCCCGACGAUCCAAGAAUUGCAACAGUUCUGCGCUUCACCCUCAGUCAAACUGCCCGUUAGCGCUUCAAAAGCUCCAACAGAUGACAGCAAACGUAACACCGAGAUCGCUGCUGUGACUACACUUGCACCGAAAGCGAGUGCUACGGGGCCUCGACGGAACGUGAAGAACAGCAUCCGCCCCACGGAGCUGCCUACCAGUAUCUCCGACGAUCGUACAGAUUGGUGCAAACUGCUUAAGGUCAACCGAUCUCAAGUUUCGAAAGGAAGCUCCGCCUCAACGUCAGCAGUGCGUUCAGACUCGACGUCAAACUCCGUCGUAUCCACCGAGACGUUCCUCCAGCAGUUGAAAGCUGUGGUUAAAGCCUUCCACGAGUGCGAUUCGCUGGGCAAGGCUAACGGUGGAUCUAAGGCCAAGCUGUUCGCUCAAUUGGAUCGACAUGUGGAGUUGUUGGCCCAACAGUUGAAGCGCCAGGAGCCAGAAGACGGCAAGACGGAGCUAUCCGAAGCAAUGUUACAGACACGAUGGAGUUUAUUGGAGGUUUGUGCCAUGUUCGGGUCGCAGAAAGUGGCACAGGCGGACGCGGGGCUUGGAAACGGCUUCGGUAUGCUGCUUGCGAUGCAGAAGCAGCUCCUGGCGGCCAUGCAGGCGCAGCAACGCAAUGCUCAAGCUCAAAUCCAGGCUCAAGCGGCUACUACCGAGGGUUCAGCUCCGGCUCAAAACCAACAACAACUCAAGCUUUUACUCGAUGUCGCGGAAGGUCUAGAGAGCGAUUUAGAGGCUGUUCAACAGCAGCUUCAACAAGAAACAGCUCGUCGGGAACAGGUGGAGCAGGAAAACCUGGAGUUGAAGCGCGUACGCAGCGGUGGGAAGGGCAUUUUAAAGACUGCGAAGUCUAGACCCACAGUCGCUCGAAGCGCCAGCACUACGGACAACAUCGGCACCGCAAAAACGCAGCCAACUCGGAGGAUUCGAAGAUGCAACAGCGAGCACAACGGGAUAGUGAGCUCAAGUUCGGACGUGGUUGAAGACCUUCGAGCGCCAGAGGUGCCAGCGCAAACUGUCGCGCCUCCUGCGCCUCAGAUCACAGUCACAGUGCGGAAUCUAUCGCUGAAGCAGCUCGUGGACCUCAUCAACUGCGUGUACGCGUCCAAAGCCAAGUACGACGCGCGUACCACCACUGCUGGAGCACCACGUGAGACCAUGGAGCAACACUUGUACACUUACCUGAACACUCGCUUCGGCCUACCCAAGCUUAUCGUGGACUACGCCAGCGCAGUAUGGAAGGCAGCGGAGCAUUUCGCUCGUCGCGAGAAUGACGCUGCAGUGUUUGUAGCACUGCUGAGGAAUCGACUAGACGAAGGGUUUUUGGAGAUUAAGCGGAAGCUCCAGUCCGCUCUGGUGGAGUUACUACGAGCCUUCUUUUCAGCGAGGUACCCCAAGAAACAAGGCAAAGCCAUCGCUGCGCUGGUACAAAGCCGCCUGGAUGGCCAUCUCCACGAGGACGAAUGGCGAAACUUGCUCACAUAUCUCUACGAGCCUCAAGAUAGCGCGGCGCUGAAGCGUCUGGUCCAGCAGAAGGCAGAGAAGUACCAGGCAGCUCAAACGCAGCGGAAAAAGGCCGUAGCAAAUGAGAAGCCGAACCUCUCAUUGCCUUUUACCGACUUUGAGCAAGUGCUUUACGGCUAUCAGCUGCAAGGGCGUCUGGAGUUGCUGGACGGAUUCCGCAGAGCGUUUGAAGAGCUUGACACCGAGCGCGUCGGUGUCAUCAACAGACCUCGUUUUGUCACGCUUGCUCGGCGAUUAGCGCCGACAAAGCCUGAGAGCGCCGUGACGACGCUUGUGGAGACAUUAGACCACUUCAACCACGACGUGAUAACAUUCUCAGACGCUGCCAACGCGUUAUUACCGGACAUCCGACGCAUCAGUGCAAAAGCCACUCCAACCUCCACGUCGCAACCCAAGACGAAGAAAAAUACUACGUGA